AUGGAGCCUCAGGUGCUCCAGAACUUCCACCUGGACUGCGAGGCUGUUGUCAAUUGCAUGGUGAACAUGGAGUUGUAUGCCAGCUAUGUCUACUUGUCCAUUUCCGGCUACUUUGACUGUGAUGAUGUGGCCUUGAGGCAUGUGGUCCAGUUCCUGAAGGAGCAGUCCCAUGAGGAGAGAGAGUAUGCAGAGAAGUUUCUGACCUACCAGAACAAAGGUGAAUAUGUAGAACUGGGCAGGGAAAUCCUCAUGACCAGAAACUAUCCUGGGCAGGAUCCAGCUAUUGCCAAACAUUUUGAUAGGUCCCUAAUUGUUUCUCAGUGGAUUAACUGGAGCCAUAGGAAUCGCUGGACCUUCGAGAAGCUGUGUGACAUCCUGGAGUCAGACUUCCUGGAGGAGCAGGUGAAGGCCAUUAAGCAGCUGGGAGACCACCUCACCAAUCUGAAGCGCCUGGGAGUGUCCCAGAACAGCAUGGGAGAGUACCUGUUUGACCAGCUCAUCCUGGGGGAGAGCAGUGAAUGA